ACACAGUUCUGGUGAAAAUGAAUUUCAAAUGUAUACACAAGUUUUGUGCAGCUACAUAAAGAAAAGAAGAAGUGAGAAGAGACUUCAGUUACUGAGCAAACUUGUGAGGAGCAUGAUGGCAAAUCCUUGUGGAAGGGAACGUCUUGGUUUCUCUAUUUUCAGGAGUAGACAACAGGCAGCAAGGGACAGGAGGUUCUGCAUCACAUGGAUCAACAGGAUGGUGAAUAAGGAGGUGGAGAGGCGAAUCGCAGAGCUGCGUUCAGAAUUCUUUCUCAUGAGUCUUGACCUGUUCGAGAUGGUGGAUGAGAAUCACGCACAGUGGCUUGAGGCGAUGGUCCAAAUAUUAAGGGAGUGUUCCCUACAUCACAUCACAGUGGACAGAGACUUUAAGACAUCAAGUUGGAUAAGGCAAAUGGAGGAAGGAAACAGCGACGAGGAAGAUGCAGAACCACUGGACCAGGGGACAAAACAUGCGCUUUUGAAAAAAAUGAUGUUGAGGACUUUCUCAGAUGUCUUCACUGAUGGUAACACCAGUGAAAGUGAAACCAGUAGCAGUGGAACCAGCGACGUCUCCCCUGGCGGUGACAGUAAAACCAGAAGCAGUGAAAGCAGUGGCAACUCCCCUAACAGUGACACCAUUGACAGUAAAACCAGUGGCAGUGAAUCCAGUGACAGCUCCCCUAACAGUGACACCAUUGACAGUAAAACCAGUGGCAGUGAAUCCAGUGACAGCUCCCCUAACAGUGACACCAUUGACAGUAAAAUCAGUGGCAGUGAAUCCAGUGACAGCUCCCCUAACAGUGACACCAUUGACAGUAAAAUCAGUGGCAGUGAAUCCAGUGACAGCUCCCCUAACAGUGACACCAUUGACAGUAAAACCAGUGGCAGUGAAUCCAGUGACAGCUCCCCUAACAGUGACACCAGUGAGAGUAAAACCAGUGGCAGUGAAACCAGGGAUGUCUCCCCUGGCUGUGACACCAGCUCACAACCAGCAGAAUCGGAUCAACAGGAAAACCAAACUGGCACCAGCCAGUUGAUGAAGAAAAACAAGAGAAUCUCAAAGAAUCCCUUUCUCCAAAAUCCCAGCUCCAUGACCAGCGAGGGUGAGGAGGAGAGAGUCCUGAUGAAUGGCACGAACAAGGAGGAGCCUUUGUUGACGGAGAGAGAAUGGAAGGAGUGGAUGGAUGAACAGGAGAUGAGAGGAAAUGUAAAGACAUUUGACCAACAGAAUGCUGAGGAACAGAGAGGGGCAGCACCUCCAACACCGGAGAAAGCAACGAGGAAGAAAAACGUAAAAGGAGUGGGCACCGUAAAGAAAAUCAAGACGUAUCUCGGCGACCUUUUCAGUCCUCAAACGUAUCAUAAAUGGGAGAGACUUGAAGAUGAGGACUGAAAGACUCAUCUCAACCAGGAAGUUCCUCAUACACUUUGUUGUCAUCCACCGAUCUGAGAAUGUGAAUUGCUAUGUUGAGUGAAUAAAACACUUUGUGUAUAACAAGUAUGAUCUCCACUUCUAA